UCCGCAAUCGCCUAUUCGACAGUAAACUAUCGUUAUUAUCGUGAUUUUCUAUAUCAUUUUAUCUUUAUAGUCUUAUACUCCUAUUAUAAUUUUAUAGAUCUGUUAUUACACUAUCUGUACGUAAAGAUUCUUUAAACGUACAUACAAUUAAAUAUUCAAUUAAAAACGAAUACAGUUCGUCUCAGGCGUCAUGUCAACGUCGGAAACGACGAACGGACAAGUGCCCACUACUCCUGUAGCACCGACAGUGGACGCGCCUUCUGAAUCAAGUGUAUCAGAAUCUCAGGUUACCACUUCCGAGAAUAAUGCCAAAAGACUGAAAAAAGAUUCCAAGCACAAUGCUCCAAUGCGUCAAUAUUUAGACCAAACUGUUGUACCAGCAUUGUUGGUAGGCAUGAAGGAGUUGGUCAAGGAAAGGCCACCAGAUCCACUUGGUUUCUUAGCUGCAUUUUUGUUGAAGUAUAAAAAGGAACAUGUUGACAAAGACUCAAUUUCAGAAACAUAGAAAGAUUGAUUAUUAUUUAUAAAAAAAAAAAAAAAAGAAAAAAUUAAUAAUAAUAAACAAAAAUAAUUAAAUAA